CUGCGAUGGCGGACUCUCUUUUUCGCACUAGCCUGCGUGAUCGCCGCCCUUUUCAUCUACACUUUCUACGUUGAUGGCCACCCCUUACGCAUGGAGUUCCUCUCGCCAUGGAUGCCUGCUACUUUAGCUGAAAUCUAUGUGAACAUUGUUGCCGUGGCGCUUUGGGUUGUCCACAAGGAAUCCAAUUUUGUGAAUUCAGCAAUUUGGGUGGUUCUGCUGAUGUGCCUUGGCGGCUUCACUACUUGCAGCUAUAUCUUAUUCAGUUUCUCAAGUUGUCACCUGAAGAAUCUGCACAAGACCCUAUCUGUCAUGUGCUAUUGCGGCAUGAAAACAGGAGCAGUGAGGAAGAAAAGGGGAAGUACUCUCCAGUCAUCGCUGCAAGAAUCGUUUUCACCAUUCUUGGUUGUUUGGUGAUAUCAAGUCUGAUUUGCUCUAUUGUGGCUGAUGGUUCUCCUUUCCGUACAGAGGUUUUCACUCGGUAAGAUUUUGAUGCAUUCACUUCUAUUUGUUUUGUUUGUUCAAACUGUCAAUCAAGUUUAACCUUGCGACUCUGCUCUAGUGUAUAUAGUUACUGAGGCAGGAAUGGGAAUGUCUUACGAUUUUUUUGUUUUGUUUUCUGUUGCCUAUUCUCUUUACCAUCCAUUCGAUUGUGAUUGCUUAUUUGCUGCCAGAAUGGGUCGAAGGUAGGUGUCAACAACAGUGGUGGAAUUCUAUAUCAUUGUUCUAGCUCUCUCGGUAGGUCACCUUUGCCACUCUGAGGCUUUGUCCUAACUUUUUAAGUUUGGUUAUUCGUAUUUCUAACUUUUCACUCUUCCGUGAUGUUCUCAAAUAUCCAAUGCAGGUGUGGGUUGGCUAUAAAGAAACAAGUUGGUUUAGUGCUUGCUUCCAUUUGGAUUGUUCUACUGAUAUGUCUUGGGAGGUAAUUAAUUCCUCUUCAUGAACUUUUACUGUAUACCUUGAACUGCACUACUUUAUAUCAUGUGUUGGAAUUGGGGUUGAACAACUAUGGGGUAAAUAAACUUAGAAUUACCUUGUUUUUUCCUUUCAACAUGAAAUGUGGUUGAAGAAUCUGUUUGAUGACAUAAUUCAUUGCAAAUACUCAAUUAAACUUAAUAAACCGGGUUUAUCACAUUAAUGGUCACGAAAGUACUUUCGACAAGCUUCUCACUGUAAUGUAGAAGUGGAAUGAGUAAUAUAACAGAUUUGGGUUUAAAGCUUCAAAUGGGGGUUGCAGUUGGAAUUGAGUUGAUCAACUGGUUUGCUUCAAACCAGAUGUGGGUGUAAAGCUUCAAAUGGGGCGUACAUGUCAGCUAAUUACUGCAUGCGCAACAUUUUCUAUAACAAACUCGAGUCGGUGCACACGCUAAUCCGAAUAGUUUUUGCUGGAAAAUUGGAAAGAAUUGGAGACUGUUAUGUUGGUCAUCUAAAACCUUCUUCCAAAAAUCAAAGUUCAGACUUCUGUGAUCAGUUUGUUAGUGUCCUCGAAAGUUCUUUUGCAAGCACUAAACAAUUGCAUUCCCA